UCGGCAACCCGUCAGUUUCCAACAUGGAAGAUGGGACCGUGUCUGGUUAUCAUGUGACGGUGCGAAUUUCGGCGUAAAAAUCUGAUUUCGGUCGCGUUUUGAUAAUAUUUGUCGAUUGUGUGGCCAAGGUUAAGACUUUGGGCAGCCAUGGCUGAGCCAGCCGCAGCGGCGCUGCCCGAAAUAAAGCGGCCGGAGGACGUGGUUAGAAUGGCGAUGAACGACGGACUCAAGUUUGCGGUCUUGAUCGGGCUCAUUGAGGUGGGCCAGGUCUCCAACAGAGAAGUUGUCAACACCAUCCUGCAUUUGUUGGUGGGCGGCGAGUUCGACAUGGAGCUCAACUUCGUCAUCCAGGACUCGCACAACAUCAGGCACAUGCUGGAGCUCCUGGAUCACUGCCCGGCCAACCUCCAGGCUGAGAUCUGGAGCGUGUUCAUCGCCAUCCUGAGGAAGAGCGUGCGCAACCUGCAGGCGUGCACUGAUGUGGGGCUCAUCGAACACGUGUUGCACCGGCUGCAGGCGGCCGAGCCCGUCGUCGCAGACCUUUUGAUAGAGAUGCUAGGAGUCUUAGCUUCAUACAGUAUAACUGUCAAGGAACUGAAGUUAUUAUUUGGUGCAAUGAAAGCAGUAAAUGGCAAAUGGCCAAGACAUUCUGCAAAGCUUUUGAAUGUCCUUAGACAAACACCUCAGAGAAACGGUCCUGAUGUGUUUUUCAGUUUUCCUGGUAGAAAGGGUUCAGCCGUUGUACUUCCACCUUUAGCAAAAUGGCCAUAUGAAAAUGGUUUUACAUUUACCACGUGGUUCAGGCUCGACCCUAUUAACUCUGUCAACAUAGAGCGGGAGAAGCCAUAUCUUUAUUGUUUCAAAACAAGUAAAGGAGUGGGCUACUCGGCACAUUUUGUUGGAAAUUGCUUAGUUCUCACUUCUAUGAAAGUCAAAGGAAAGGGCUUCCAGCAUUGUGUCAAAUAUGAAUUUCAACCUAGAAAGUGGUACAUGAUAGCUGUUGUAUAUAUUUAUAACCGAUGGACCAAAAGUGAAAUCAAGUGUUUGGUGAAUGGACAACUUGCCUCAAGCACUGAAAUGGCAUGGUUUGUUUCAACAAAUGAUGUUUUUGAUAAAUGCUAUAUUGGCGCAACACCAGAGUUGGAUGAGGAGAGAGUAUUCUGCGGACAAAUGUCUGCUAUUUAUGUGUUUAGUGAAGCAUUAUCAACUCAUCAAAUUUGUGCCAUGCAUAGACUUGGUCCUAGUUACAAAAGCCAAUUUCGGUUUGAUAACGAAUGCAAUCUAAACCUCCCAGACAAUCAUCGAAGGGUGAGUGAGUGGGGUGACUUAGAACAUGAGCUUGAGGCACCAGAAUCAGCUCAUAACCCGCAGAGCUCUGAGGCUCCUCAAUGCAUGACCGAGCAAUGGCUGCGUACAGUUCUAUAUGAUGGAAAACUAUCAAGUGCAAUAGUAUUUAUGUACAAUCCUGUGGCGACAGACAGUCAGUUGUGCCUUCAGUCAGCUCCCAAGGGCAACCAGUCAUUUUUUGUGCACACUCCUCAUGCGCUUAUGCUACAGGAUGUCAAAGCUGUCAUUACUCACUCAAUUCACUCCACGCUCAAUUCAAUUGGAGGAAUUCAAGUGCUUUUCCCAUUAUUUUCACAAUUAGAUUUGCCAUAUGAUUCACCUCUAGGAUCUCAAGAUACUAAAAGAGAUUUGCAAUUAUGCUCAAAACUGCUCGGAUUUAUUUGUGAAUUAGUAGAAAGCUCAGCUACAGUCCAGCAACAUAUGAUACAGAAUAGAGGCUUUCUUGUUAUAAGUUUAAUGCUGCAGCGUUCAAACAGGGAUCACCUUACCACAGAGGUGUUAUUAUCAUUUCUAGCUCUAACAAAACACUUAGUAACUUGCCUCACGCCCAACAGUGAAUUACUUUUGAAGCAGUUGUUGGAUCAUGUACUUUUCAACCCAGCCCUAUGGAUCUACACACCAGCAAAUGUUCAAACCCGACUUUAUUCUUACCUUGCAUCAGAAUUUUUGUCUGACACUGGCAUAUAUUCAAAUGUCAGAAGAGUCUCCACAGUAUUACAGACCGUUCAUACCUUAAAGUAUUACUAUUGGGUUGUUAAUCCCCGAGCCAAAAGUGGAAUAACACCCAAGGGACUAGAUGGGCCUCGGCCUGCACAGAAAGAUGUUCUUGCAAUAAGAGCAUAUGUACUCCUAUUCUUGAAACAGCUCAUAAUGAUAGGAAACGGUGUAAAGGAUGAUGAACUUCAAAGUAUUUUGAACUACUUAACAACAAUGCAUGAGGAUGAAAAUCUUCAUGAUGUUCUUCAAAUGCUUAUAUCAUUAAUGUCUGAACAUCCCUCCUCACUUGUGCCAGCCUUUGAUGUAAAACAGGGUGUUCGCACUAUUUUUAAAUUACUUGCUUCAGAGAGCCAACUUAUUCGCUUGCAAGCUUUAAAACUCCUUGGUUUCUUUUUAAGCCGCAGUACACACAAGAGGAAGUAUGAUGUGAUGAGUCCACAUAAUUUGUACACUCUACUUGCUGAACGGUUACUUCUGAAUGAACAGACUCUAGGGCUGGCUACUUAUAAUGUCCUUUAUGAGAUAAUGACUGAACAUAUAAGCCAACAAAUUCUAUAUACAAGGCAUCCAGAGCCGGAGUCACACUACCGGCUUGAAAAUCCAAUGAUUCUUAAGGUUGUUGCUACUUUGAUCAGACAAUCAAAACCAACUGAUCAACUUUUAGAGGUGAAGAAAUUAUUUCUUUCAGAUAUGACACUUCUCUGUAAUAACAAUCGAGAAAAUAGGAGAACUGUUCUCCAAAUGUCUGUUUGGCAGGAAUGGUUGAUUGCUAUGGCAUACAUUCAUCCUAAAACUGCAGAGGAACAGAAGAUAUCUGACAUGGUUUAUAUUUUAUUCCGAAUGCUCUUGCACCAUGCCAUUAAACAUGAAUAUGGUGGGUGGAGAGUGUGGGUUGACACUCUUGCAAUAGUUCAUUCCAAGGUUUCUUAUGAAGAGUUUAAGCUACAGUUUGCUCAAAUGUACGAACAUUAUGAGCGUCAGCGCUCUGACAACAUAACUGACCCAGCCCUUCGACAGCAACGACCCAUCAGCACAAUAUCUGGGUGGGACCAACAGCAACAGGGUCAUCAUCCAGGUUCACAACGUGCUAUUGCUCAUGCGGAGGGCCAGACUAAUGGCUAUCAUGACUGGCACAAUGGUGAAACAGAUCAUUCUCAAGAAAUUGAGGAUCAGCAACAAUCUACACCUGUCUGCAGUUGUGAACUGGAUUCUGAAAAUUCUGACACACCUGCUGGUAAUUGUCCAGAGGGUACAUGUUAUGCUGUGGUAUCUGCUGAGUCCAAAGAGGCUGGUACUCUUGCUAGCUCAUGUCAAGAAGAGGCCUCAUGGUCUGCAACACCUGAGCCAGUGGCAGAUAUACCCUCCGAUUCUGUGCUAAUUGAUUCACAAACACCUCAUGUUGAAGAAGUUUGUGAUCAAGCAGACAAAUUUACAACAAGUGAAAGUGAUCCAAGGACUUUAUGUGAAUCGCAGCCUUCUCCUGUCAAAAGUAACAGUGUUAAGUCAUCUCCUAUUCGGUUAGCAUCAACUCCCUCACCAAACAGUCCAGAAAAGACUGAAUCUUCAGAAACUGAAGCCACUAAUUGCUCAAGUAGUACAAUCGUUAAGGACAUGGACAUCAAGGAUGGUGAAAUGGGGACACAAUGUACUGAAGAAAGUAUUAUUUGCUCAAGUCCAGGCAAAGAGAGUUUAAAAGAAGUGGCAAACGAUUCUACUGUUAGUUCGCCGGAAGUUUCCAAACCAGAGGUUGAACUUGAAAAUGAUAAUGGUGAUGAUGAGGAAGAUGAAGAAGAAAUCAUUUGUAGGCUUGGUGAAGAGACAUCAUCUAUGCAUUCUGCCACUGAAGAGUUAUCUAGCCCUUCACCAUCCCACAACAAAGUUAGUGAAUCUCCUGAGAAGUCUAAACCUUUGGAUAUCAGGUCACUUGUCAAAGCUGAAGAAGAUAGCGAUUCCAUCGUAACUCCUGAAUCUCACGAGGAGUUUAGUCCUGUUACCCCACCACAUGCUACCUCUGAAACUUUAGUUAGCACUGAUGAGACAUCAGUCCCAAACGUUUUGUCACUGAGUACUGUCAGCGACAGUGUGCCUUCUGAUUCUGGGGUAUCUGUAGUCACCCCAACAACUGAGGAUGUGUCAACUCCUGGUGACACUGACACUGCAUCUGAGGCACGCCGGUUAGAUUUGAGCGAAUCAGAGGCCUUGCCCACAUCAGUCUUAAGUGAAGAAACUUUACCAACAGAUACUUCCUCUGAUUCAACUACCAUAGCAGAACCUGAAAUUGUAGUAACCGAACUUUGUCAACCUAUUGCUUCUGACGCCACACAGGAAACUGAAACAACUCCAGAAGUGUCUCCUAUUGAAGAUGUGUCUUCAGACCUUCCAUCACCUGUAGAGACAAUAUCUUCUUUAGUUGAUGCUGGCUCACCAAAACAUGCGGAGGUUGAGCAGGACACAUCAGCACCUAUUUCCAGUUUCUCACCUGACAAUGAAGGAAAUUUUGUUACUGCUAUUGAAAAUCAAGACCACAAUUCAAUUCAACCACCUGACAUUUCAGAUGUGGUACAUGAAGAUCGUUUGAAAUUAAUUUCUGAAAAUGGCAUUGAAGUGAUACCACAUGAAGAGAAUGCUAAUGUAGUUAUUUCUCAAGAUUCUUCUGUUCUUGAGGACAUUGGACUCAACCAGGGUGAUGAAGGAGGAGAAAUCAAGUCCUCUCCUCAGAAAAGACCACAAAGCACCUCAACUGCUACUCAAGUGGAACACUCACACUUUGAUUCAAAACAAACCAAAGAUGAGAAUGCUACUGCAGAGCAGGGGGGAGCAAAUGGUGCACAAGGAAGACCAAUGUUUAGUCCUGGUCCAUCAAGACCUCCAUUCAGAAUACCUGAAUUCAAAUGGUCUUACAUACACCAGAGACUUCUUUCUGAUGUUUUAUUUUCUCUAGAGACUGACAUACAAGUGUGGAGAAGUCAUUCAACAAAGUCAGUAUUAGAUUUUGUAAACAGUGGAGAGAAUCAAAUUUUUGUGGUGAAUACUGUUCACUUAAUUUCACAACUAGCUGACAAUCUUAUCAUAGCUUGUGGAGGACUACUUCCUCUCUUAGCAUCUGCAACUUCUCCAAAUAGUGAGCUAGAAGUCAUAGAACCUACUCAAGGAAUGCCAAUUGAAGUUGCAGUAUCAUUUCUGCAACGUCUUGUGAACAUGGCAGAUGUUCUCAUUUUUGCUAGCUCUUUAAAUUUUGGUGAACUUGAGGCGGAAAAGAACAUGUCAAGUGGUGGUAUUUUACGGCAGUGCCUGCGACUGGUUUGCACCUGUGCAGUACGUAACUGCCUAGAAUGUAAAGAAAGAAGCCGUCCAUUCUUCAAUGCAGCUUCUACCCCUGUUUUCAAUGCCAACAAUAAAAAUGUGCACAUCCAAUCACUAAUUAGGGGUGUUCAGACCUCACCCAAACAGAAUAUUGUUGAAAACUUAUCCAAUCAGUCAAGUCCUGUUAAAGAUCCAGAAAAGCUCCUUCAAGAUAUGGAUGUCAACCGCCUGAGAGCGGUAAUUUAUCGUGAUGUGGAGGAAACAAAACAAGCUCAAUUUUUGUCCUUGGCUAUUGUCUACUUCAUCUCAGUUUUAAUGGUUUCGAAGUACCGAGAUAUCUUAGAGCCACCAUUAAUUGCAAGGGUUCCAAGUCCGCCAACCCCUGUGCCUCGCAGCAAUGGAACAUCUCAGCAUAGCAACAGUCCUCCUGAAGGAGGAGCUAGACCUUUGUUUCCGCAAUGGUCACACCACGUUUACCCCCAGUUCCUUCCUGGCUCCCAUCCUGAUGCUUCCCCCCCUCAAAAUGCCAACACCAAUGCAAUGCCCCCCCAGAACAUAAAUAUAAACCAUAACGCCCACCAUCAACAAUCGCAACAGCGGAAUCACCAACUUAUUAGAAAUCACAUCAACAACAAGCUUGAUCAGGCAGCACCUCAGCUGCGCUUCCGUAGAAAUAUGGCGAAGCCAGCUCAACACAGGUCUUUGUGUUCUCAUGAAGACGGUGAGUAUGAUGUCAUAGUGGUUGAUGAGAACAACUCUUCAGUUCUUGCGGAUCACGACUCUCACUCCAGUGGACCAACUUCUCUAAAGAGUGCUGCUUCAACGGAAGAUAUAAAUGCCCCUCACUCAGCUGUCGUUACGGUGGAAAACGCCGAGUAUAACCAAACUAUUACACCUCAAUCAAAUGAUGAAAUAAUACAGAACAAUAAUGAAGAACCAACAACCAAGAAUGUUGGAAUGGGAGUUGGAAUGGAGGACAACGACGACAGCUGGACUGAUGUCAACCUGAAUGAAGAUGGAGACCUAGUGGCCACUGCUCGUAUCAAGGGCAGGGCGGAAGAAAACAGGAAUCUGCAUAACAUUUCACAGUCGCAAGUACCGACGCUCGACGGCGAGGGUGGCAUGGAGAGGGGUGAGAAGCCUGCCGGCGAGAUCUCCGUCGUCCGCGUCCCUGCCGAGGCCAGCCCGUGCGUCGUGCCGGGCCCCGGCCUCGGCCAAGCCCCCCAGCAGCCGAGCCAGGGCCAGGGCGCGCAACAACACGCGCCCGGCGCGCACCCGCAGGCCUCGGCCCUGCCGCCGCCGUCGCGCCCCGAGGAGCUGCCCAUGAAGGGCCUGGAGACGGUGCCGCUCCCGCUGCCUCUCGCCACGCCCUCGCGCGAGGCUUCCCUCACCCAGAAGCUCGAGUCGGCGCUCGGCUCCGUGUGCCCCCUGCUGCGCGAGAUCAUGGUGGACUUCGCCCCCUUCUUGUCCAAGACGCUGGUCGGCUCGCACGGCCAGGAGCUGCUCAUGGAGGGCAAGGGGCUGACCACCUUCAAGAACAGCCAGUCCGUCGUGGAGCUCGUCAUGCUGCUCUGCUCGCAAGAGUGGCAGAACUCGCUGCAGAAGCACGCCGGCCUGGCCUUCAUUGAGCUCAUCAACGAGGGCCGCCUGCUGUCGCACGCCAUGAAGGACCACAUCGUGCGCGUGGCCAACGAGGCCGAGUUCAUCCUGAACCGGAUGCGCGCCGACGACGUCCUCAAGCACGCCGACUUCGAGUCGCAGUGCGCGCAGACGCUGCUGGAGCGGCGCGAGGAGGAGCGCAUGUGCGACCACCUCAUCACGGCAGCGCGCCGCAGGGACAACGUGAUCGCGUGCCGCCUGCUGGAGAAGACGCGCAACAUCCUCUCCAACAAGCACGGCGCGUGGGGCUACAUGGACCCGCAGGGCGCCAUGCUCAGCGAGUUCUGGAAGCUGGACUCGUGGGAGGACGACGCGCGGCGCCGGAAGCGCUUCGUGCACAACCCGCGCGGCUCCAGCCACCCGGAGGCGACGCUCAAGGCCGCCCUGGAGCACGGCGCGCCCGAGGACGCCAUCCUGCAGGCGCGCGAGGAGUUCCACGCGCACCUGGCCGCGUCCAGGACGUGCUCGCAGCAGCAGCAGCAGGUGCAGCACGCCGACCUCCUCGACGACAGCGAGCUGCUCGCCGACGACCGGGACCUGGACGUGGACCUGACUGGCCCCGUCAACAUCAGCACGCGCGCCAAGCUGGUGGCGCCGGGCAUCGUGGCGCCGGGCACCGUGUCCAUCACGUCAACGGAGCUCUACUUCGAGGUGGACGAGGAGGACCCCGAGUACAAGAAGCUCGACACUGAGGUUCUCAAGUACUGCGACCAUCUGCACGGAAAAUGGUACUUUUCCGAGGUGCGUGCCAUCUUCUCCAGGCGUUUCCUUCUCCAGAACACUGCCAUCGAAAUAUUCCUUGCCAGCCGUACCUCCAUCAUGUUCGCCUUCCCCGACACGAACACGGUGAAGAAGAUCAUCAAGGCCCUGCCCAGAGUGGGGGUCGGCAUCAAGUAUGGCAUCCCUCAGACUCGACGCGCCUCCAUGAUGUCUGCGAGGCAGCUCAUGAGGAACUCCAACAUGACGCUCAAGUGGCAGCGGCGGGAAGUCUCCAACUUCGAGUACCUGAUGUUCCUUAACACAAUUGCCGGUCGAACAUACAACGAUUUGAACCAGUAUCCUGUCUUCCCUUGGGUUUUGACCAACUAUGAGUCAAGAGAACUUGACCUAAGUCAACCAAGCAACUACAGAGAUUUAUCUAAACCUAUUGGGGCUCUGAAUCCAAGUCGAAGGGACUACUUUGAAGAGCGCUACAAUACGUGGGAACAUGAAAGUAUACCACCUUUCCACUAUGGCACUCAUUAUUCAACAGCUGCCUUUGUUUUGAAUUGGAUGAUAAGAUUGGAACCUAUGACAACAAUGUUUUUGGCUCUGCAAGGUGGUAAAUUUGACCAUCCAAACAGACUUUUCUCUUCUGUUGCACUGUCUUGGAAAAAUUGUCAGCGUGACACAUCAGACGUAAAGGAACUGAUACCUGAGUUCUUCUUCCUUCCCGAAAUGUUUGUCAAUUCCAACCGAUAUCGUUUGGGACUUCAAGAAGAUGGUUCAGUUGUCAGUGAUGUUGAACUCCCACCAUGGGCAUCAUCCCCUGAAGAAUUUGUUCGCAUCAAUAGGAUGGCACUAGAGUCUGAAUUUGUGUCUUGUCAGCUUCAUCAGUGGAUUGAUCUUAUUUUUGGAUACAAGCAAAGAGGUCCAGAGGCUGUCAGAGCUACAAAUGUCUUCUAUUAUCUUACCUAUGAAGGCAGCGUAGAUAUGGAAUCUAUCACUGACCCAGUAAUGAGGGAAGCGAUAGAGAACCAAAUUAGAAACUUUGGACAGACUCCAUCUCAACUGCUAAUGGAGCCUCAUCCCCCUCGCAGCUCUGCAAUGCACUUGUCACCAAUGAUGUUCUCCAGUGUACCUGAAGAUGUGUGCAUGACCAUGAAGUUUCCUUCAAAUGCAGCUAUCUGUCAUAUAUCAGCAAACACAUAUCCACAGUUGCCACUUCCAUCUGUGGUCAGUGUCACAACAAACCAGCAGUUUGCUUUGAACCGAUGGAAUUCUAGUUAUGCAGCAUCAGUCCAGUCACCAAGCUAUGCAGAUGCCCCUCACACUCCAUCUGCCAACCUACCACUGUCAAUGGAUCCUGUUCUUUUACAAGGAAACAACAACAGUAACAACUCUGCAUCGCUUAGGCGACACCUUGGGGAUAACUUUAGCCAAAAGUUGCGUGUGCGUUCUAAUUGCUUUGUAACAACUGUAGAUAGCCGAUUUCUCGUUGCCUGUGGUUUUUGGGACAAUAGCUUUCGAGUGUUUUCAACUGAAACAGCUAAAAUUGUGCAGAUUGUAUUUGGUCACUAUGGGGUUGUCACCUGUCUUUCAAGAUCAGAAUGCAAUAUUACUUCUGAUUGUUACAUUGCAUCAGGGUCCGCUGAUUGCACAGUUCUUUUGUGGCACUGGAAUGCACGUACUCAAACAGUUGUGGGAGAAGGCGGCGGUAGUGGGGAAACACCAACUCCAAGAGCAACACUGACAGGUCAUGACCAACCCAUAUCUAGUGUGGUAAUUUCAGCUGAAUUGGGUCUCGUUGUGUCUGGCAGCCAAAAUGGGCCUGUUCUGGUGCACACAACAUUUGGUGAUCUUCUACGAAGCUUGGAACCUCCCUCAGGGUUCCGAUCUCCUGAAAAUAUAGCUAUGUCCAGGGAGGGUGUCAUUGUUGUAAACUAUGAACGAGGACAUGUGGCAGCCUUUACCAUAAAUGGUAAAAGGUUACGACAUGAAGCACAUAAUGAUAACUUACAGUGUUUAUUACUAAGCCGUGAUGGAGAAUAUGUUAUGACUGGAGGAGAUAAAGGUAUUGUUGAAGUAUGGCGAACCUUCAAUCUUGCUCUACUUUACGCUUUUCCAGCUUGUGACAGUAGCGUCCGGUCAUUAGCCUUAUCUCAUGAUCAGAAGUUUUUGCUUGCUGGACUUGCAACAGGCUCAAUAGUGGUAUUCCAUAUAGAUUUCAACAGAUGGCACCAUGAAUUUCAACAGAGAUAUUAGAGUUGCUUUCUGGCGUUUAAUGUAAAAUUUUGAAAACAAAUUUAUUGCAGAAAUUGAAAUAAAUGUUUACAGAUAGAAGAGAAUUCUAGGGAAAAUAUGUAAAAAUGCAAAGAAGUGACUGAGCAUUCAAUUAUUUUACAUGAAUUGUAAAUAAUCCAUGAUAGCCAUAUAUUUUCAAACAAGCCAUGUAAAAAACGCAGUUUAGAAAUUUCAUUAUGGAAUGUGGAAUGUGUACAUACAUUUCUUCAGCCUAUUGAAGAGUCCUUUGUUUAGUACACUGGUUGUGGGUUGAAUAGCAACAAUAUGAAUUGAGAUUAACAUUAGUUAAACAAUAACAAAGAAGCUGAAUUGUACCAAAACCAUAUAAUUUUUAAAAGGCCGUCCAGGAUUGCUUUUCAGAGCUUACUUGUACUAUAACUUGUACCAUAACAUUGUUAGAUUUUGUAAUUGUAGAGAGAGAAAUUUCAAAAAUUUGUGACAGCACAUGUGUAUUUAAAGAAAAUGUUAUUGUUGUUUAAAGGUAAGCAUGUAAUUCAUACCUUGCUGCCAAGAGUGUAGGGCUGUGCAGUGUGCUACUCAAAGCUAAAUCUAAAUCUUCAUUGAUUAGACACACAAAAAAUUUCCCAUAGUUAACCAAGGUGUAUAUGGCUUUCCUCCAGAUUUAUAAGCUUUCUUAUUUUUUAACCUUUGACAUCACUGUUUCUGUCAAAGUGUUCAUAGGUUACAAGAUUAGACAGUUUUUCAUGGAUAGGGGUGCUUUUGCUUUUUCAGUGUAUAAAGGUAGUCUUCAUGUGAGAGAUUAUUUGUAUUACAAUGUCCCUUACAAGACAUUAAAAAUGUAUUAAGGCUAUGGCUUAGUGAGAACGUUCUGACGCUACCUUGUGUGAUGGUUCUUUUUUUUUUUUUUUUUAAGGUAUCCUUUUGUUGUUCUUUUUUCUCUUUUAAUCUUCAGUUACAUUGUCAAUGUAACUUGUGUCAAAGUUUAUUUAUGUUUAAUUUUUACACUAGUUGUUAUAAAUAGAAUUUUAUCAAAAGUGCCAUUAACCAUCAAUUCCAAAUUGCAUAAGCAUUGCAAUAAUUUUGGUAUGGUGUGGGCACUAGGUUUUAUAGGUACUGGGAAGGAAUUGAAGUAGCAAUUGUACUUACAAAUGUGAUAAUGGCGUUGUUUUUAAUAUUUUGUGUUGGUGAGGUAAGAACUGCAUCAAACUAUUCAAUCAUGAACAUUUUCUGAGCCACUUUUACAGAUCCUAAAAUGUAUUGAACAGCAAUGGUACCUUCAGCAUUGUGAUUAAGAUUUUAUAGUCUCAAAGUUAUAAUUUAGUAAUUGAUUGAAAGCUUAGUCUUUAAAGAACAUUUCCAUGAUUUUUAUGCUGGUCAUGUUGCAUAAGUGUAACACUAGUCAGCAUUCAGGGACAAAAAAGAGUGGGAACACAUAAGGCUUUGUGUUACACAGAAUUACAGUUGCCUGGUUAAGGCGGCACUUAAAGUCAGCUAUCUGGUAUACUAUAUCUGGUCUGUUUCUACACCCAGACAUUUGUUUGAAUUACUAUAAGUUCUAGGUUUUCUAGAUCCCAUUAGAGCAUUGUUCUAUUAGAGUCAAAGUGUAACAGAAAUUGAAUGAUAUUUUUACCAUGCUUUGUAGUUUCUUACAUGCCAGUUGGCUUUUUAUGAUUUCAAAGGUAUUUAAGUUUAUUAUGUAUCUUAUGCUCUGUCAAUUUGUAAAGGGAAAUUUAAGUUCCCAUUGUUAUUAAGUAUUCUGUAUUAUUAUUGAAUUUGUGUUAACUUUCUGUGAGUAUGCACUCAUGUUGGGACAACCCUGUUCAGUAUUGGGAACAUUGUUUAGUUGUACAAAAUGUUUGUACCUAUUUUGUUAAAGUUGCCGUCCAUCCUUCCCACAUGUUUUAGAAACACUUUAUAAGAAGUGUAAAUAAUCGUGUAGUCUUCAGAACAUUUUUUUCCUGUAAAAGAGAGAUUAGUCAAAUAUAUCUUUGGAUCCCAGUCAGAAAUAGAAGUCAUCUGAAUGACAUGGUAUUACUAACAAUUUAGUCUUGGCAUCAGAAUGAUACCUUGAUCAAAAUAACUUGCUAUUGAUAGCAGUAACAGCUGCACGGAUGACUUUUAAAUGAUCAUAAUUGUGAUUGUGAGCUGGGUACCUCUUACUGAUGUAUUUCUGUUGAAGUUUCUUUGAUACAGCUUUCUUUCCACUUACAAGCUCCUUAAAGUAAACUCAUUUCAAGUAAACUAGAAAAUGUUUUAAAGCCUGAGGCUGUUCUUUUUUUUUUUCUUUGUGAUGUUUAUCAAUCCGUUCCAAAUAUUUCAUAGUACUGUUAUACUAAUAAUACUUUUUUCCAACUGCUCAUGAAAUUUAUGCUUAAACUCUGUCCACAUUUCAUUCAAGUGCAGUAAACUGCACCGUACUUAAGAUAUGGAUGUAGUAAAUAUUAUAUACAGAUCUCUUAUGCAGUUUUAAUUCAGUACAUUAUGAAUUAUAACUAAAAUUGCAUGCAGAUGAUCAUAUUUGUGUACAUAUUGUUGUUUUGAAAAAUGAAAGCAUAAUUUGAAUCUUUCAUCAUGAUUACUUAAUGUCUAGGUUCUCUGGUGCAAGCUUGUUUGUAUUUCACCAAUUGGUUCUGUUUAAAUGUAAGACAGAAAUGUGGAGAGAAAAGUGUGUUAGUCUUUUUUAUAUAUCCACUUGUAAAAGUCAUAAAUGUUUUCAGCGAAAUUCUAUUAUAUAACUGCAGAAUUUCUCAAAAUUCUCACUUUUCUUGAUUAUGCACUUACCAUUCAAUGGUACCUCAAAGUAUUUUCCUUUACAUGUACAAAUGCAAAAUCGCAUUCCAUCCAGUCCUUCAUUAAUAUAAGAAUAAAGACCAAGUUAUAAACAAACCAUUAUAGUCACACAUUUGUGAUUUCUGUUUGAUUUUAUUUCUAGUUUUGAAGUACAUUUGUUUAGUUUAGCUUUUGUGUAAUGUUCAAUGGGGCUUUGUUGCAUUUUUAGACUAAAUGAACGUUGAUUACCUAGCUUCCCAGACCCAGAGGUUUUGGAUUUGUUGGUCUCUGUACUAUGUACUACUACGUAGUGUUUGUUCAAUGUAUUGCUUGACCGUAUUAUUUUGUGAACAUGAUUGGUGAUGCCUAUAAAUAAACAAUAUAAUAUUGUGCCGUUUGUAAUAAAGUUACAGUUUUAAAGUU